CCCCCCCCCACCCUGAUAAGGAGGCAAGCCCGCCUUGGGGUCAAGGCGAUGACCCUGCAGCCAGUAUAAAGGGCCCCUGAGCUGGUGCAGCCCCACAGCCGGCCCCACCAUGCUGCUGCUGGAUGCCCUGCUGCUGGCCCUGCUCCUGCUCUGUGCCUGGGGGCUGGCGCGACGGCGAUCCACCCUGGGGACGGGUUCAGGGCGCCCACGGAGCCUGCCAGCCCUGCCGCUGGUGGGGAGCCUGCUGCAGCUGGCCGGGUACCCCCAGCUCCACCUGCGGCUCUGGCAUCUGCAGGGCCGCUACGGCAGCCUCUAUGCCCUCUGGAUGGGCUCCCACUACGUGGUGGUGGUCAACAGCUACCGGCACGCCAGGGAGGUGCUGCUCAAGAAGGGGAAGGCUUUCGCUGGACGACCCCGCACCGUGACCACGGACCUGCUGUCCCGGGGGGGCAAGGACAUCGCCUUCGCCAGCUACGGGCCCCUCUGGAAGUUCCAGCGCAAGUUGGUGCACGCCGCCCUCUCCAUGUUUGGGGAGGGCUCGCUCACCCUCGAGAGGAUCAUCUGCCGGGAGGCUGCAUCCCUGUGCGAGACGCUCAGCUCUGCGCAGGAUACGGCCCUGGAUGUGGCCCCCGAGCUCACACGGGCUGUCACCAACGUGGUCUGCUCCCUCUGCUUCAACUCCUCGUACCGGCGUGGGGACCCUGAGUUCGAGGCCAUGCUGGAGUACAGCCAGGGUAUCGUGGACACGGUGGCCAAGGAGAGCUUGGUGGACAUCUUCCCCUGGCUUCGGAUCUUCCCCAACAAGGACCUGGCUCUGCUGAAAAGAUGCCUCAAGGUCCGGGACCAGCUGCUCCAGCAGAAGUUCACUGAACACAAGGAAGCCUUCUGCGGGGACGCCGUGAGGGACCUCAUGGAUGCCCUCCUGCAAGUGAGGCUCAGCGCCGAGAACAGCAGCCCGCCGGGGCUGGAGCUGACUGAUGACCACCUCCUCAUGACAGUGGGGGACAUCUUCGGGGCCGGCGUGGAGACCACCACGACUGUGCUCAAAUGGGCUGUGCUCUACCUGCUCCACUACCCCGAGGUGCAGAGGAAGAUCCAGGAGGAGAUGGACCAGAAAAUCGGCCUGGCACGUCACCCUCACCUCAGCGACCGCCCGCUGCUGCCCUACCUGGAGGCCACCAUCAGCGAAGUGCUGCGCAUCCGGCCCGUGUCCCCCCUGCUCAUCCCGCACGUGUCCCUUGCCGACACCAGCAUCGGGGAAUACUCCAUCCCCAAGGGCGCCAGGGUCGUCAUCAACCUCUGGUCCGUGCACCAUGACGAGAAGGAGUGGGACAAGCCCGAGGAGUUCAACCCUGGCCGCUUCCUAGAUGAGCGGGGCCAGCACAUCCACUCACCCUCGCCCAGCUACCUACCCUUUGGGGCUGGGAUCCGCGUCUGCCUGGGUGAAGUCCUGGCCAAGAUGGAGCUCUUCCUCUUCCUGGCCUGGGUGCUGCAGAGGUUCACGCUCGAGUGCCCCCAGGACCAGCCCCUGCCCUCGCUGGAGGGCAAGUUUGGAGUUGUGCUGCAGGUGCAGAAGUUUCGGGUGAAGGCCAGGCUGCGAGACGCCUGGCGAGCGGCCUCGUGAUGGGGACGAGCCCCGGAACCCAGGCAGUGGUGGGGUGGGGUGGGACGGGAGCACAGAGGCUAUGCCCUGCCUGCCCCGUGGAUGCAGGAUUGUCUGGAUAAAGCUGUUCCCAACGCA